UCAAAGCGUUUUACACCCCAUCCUGAGAGAGGAGGAGGGGGCUUUUUCUAUUUUAUUAUUAUUUUAUUCUUCCCUUUUACUCCUUCCAUGGAAUCCACACACCUAGUCUUUGUUUCCAUCUCUUAGUUAGUCGUCGAGGGUAUUUUGGUCUUUUCAGCCUGUUAGGGGUUUUUGCUUCUUUAGGGUUUUGGGAGCUUGGUUUGGAGAUAUCUGGUAGGGAGGAUUGGAAUGGAGAUGGAGAGUGUUUGCAGAGAGGAUUUGGUUUCUUUGGAGAGGAUGCUCUGCUCUGCAAUGGAAUCUGUUGUAGCAGAAGCUGUUUUGGCUGCUGCUGGGAAAUCUCUGGUUUUGCUGCUCUUGGCGAUGGGCUUGCUGUCAAAGCAAAUGGUUGUUUUGCCAAGAGCAGCUGACUUAAACGAGAAGGAUGUUCUAGCUGUCAUCGGCAGAAGCAAACCCAUGGUUGCUGCUCCUGAAAACAAGGAUGAUGGUGAAACUGACGAGGAUGACGACGAUGAUGAGGAUGAAGAAGGAGAGGAACAGGAUGAUGAUGGAGGUGAGGAUGAUUUAUCAGGUGAAGAAGAGAACGACGGAGACGAUGGGGAGGAUGAAGACCCUGAGGCGAAUGGAGAAGGAGGGAGCGAUGACGACGACGAUGACGACGAUGAUGACGAUGAUGACGAUGGAGAAGAUGAGGAAGAAGAGGAGGAUGAAGAAGAUGAGGAAGAAGAGAUCCCCCAGCCACCUGCUAAGAAGAGGAAGUGAGUAUUUGUAGGUUGUUUUUCUUUUUUCUUUUUUCUUUUUUUUUUUCUUUUUUUUUUCGUUCUUUGUUUUAGGGCUGAGUGUAGGAGGGGUGGAAUGUUAGCUAAGGUUGGUAUGUGAUAGAUAAGAGUUAGGAAAAUUGCCCUUUGUUGUGAAAGAACCUUACCUUUUCUUCAUUAUUCUACAUUAUGUUGUCAGCUUAUUGGCUUCUUUCCCUCUUUAUAUAUCUAUAUCUAUUCAUGGAAUGAAAGGGCAGUUUUUAACUUUUCAUUUU